AUGGCUUCGAGACCAGAUCUCAAGGUUGAUGAUGAGGGCGGAUUCAUCCGUACCUUUCGCUCGUUACCUGCCAAACCGGAUGCCUCCAGCACUAUUAGAGUGUUCGAUCGGGGCGACUACUACUCUGCACACGAUGACGACGCUGAUUUCAUCGCGAGGUCAGUCUACAAGACCACCGCCGUAAUUAGAAAUCUUGGAAGGAGCGACAACGCCUUGCCAAGUGUGACUCUGUCGACUACUGUCUUCCGCAACCUCCUUCGAGAAGUGUUGUUCAAGCUAGGGAAAAGAGUGGAAAUUUGGGAGAACAGCGGGAAAGGGAGUUGGAAACUUGCUCGACAAGCGAGUCCGGGAAACCUUCAGGGGGUCGAAGAAGAACUCGGAAGCGGCCUCGACAGUCAGGGAGAAAGUGCACCCGUAAUUCUGGCUGUGAAAAUCAGCGCCAAAGCAGGUGAGGCCAGAAAUGUAGGCGUAUGUUUCGCAGACGCAAGCGUCAGGGAACUCGGCGUGAGCGAGUUUCUCGACAACGACCUAUACUCAAACUUCGAAAGCCUUCUUAUCCAGCUCGGUGUCAAGGAAUGUGUGAUUGCCACCGCUGGUCAGAAGAAAGACCCCGAGUUAGCAAAACUACGACAAAUCGCUGAUGCUUGCAAUAUUGCCGUCACCGAAAAGCCUGCAACCGACUACGCGAUCAAAGAUAUCGAACAAGAUCUUGCUCGACUGCUGAAAGGCGAGAACGCCAUGGGCUUGUUGCCACAGAGCGACCUCAAGCUUGCCAUGGGUAGCGCUGCAGCGCUCAUCAAGUACCUCGGGGUUCUGACAGAUCCUAGCAAUUUUGGUCAGUACCGGCUAUAUCAGCAUGACCUCACCCAAUUCAUGAAAUUGGAUGCAGCCGCAUUAAGAGCUCUCAAUCUCAUGCCAGGACCCAGAGAUGGAUCCAAAAAUAUGAGUCUGUUUGGACUUUUGAACCACUGCAAGACUCCAAUUGGGGGUCGUUUACUGGCACAGUGGCUCAAACAGCCAUUGAUGACUCUUUCCGAGAUCGAAAAACGCCAGGACCUUGUGGAGGCAUUCGUGACAGAUACGGAACUGCGCCAAACAAUGCAGGAAGAACAUCUUCGCUCAAUCCCAGACCUCUAUCGCCUCGCAAAGAAGUUUCAACGCAAGCUUGCUAAUUUAGAAGAUGUCGUACGUACCUACCAAGUGGUCAUUCGGCUCCCAGGCUUCAUUGAGGCUUUGGAAACAGUCGUUGAUGAACAAUACCAAGUGCCUCUGGAGGAGUACUAUACUAAGAAACUGAAAGACCUCUCCAACUUCCUAGGGAAGCUUGCAGAAAUGGUAGAAACGACGGUCGAUCUGGAUGCUCUUGAUCGGCAUGAAUUCAUCAUCAAGCCUGAAUUUGAUGAUGGCCUCCGUGUUAUCAGAGCAAAGCUUGACAAAAUCAGACACGGGAUGGAUGCUGAACAUCGCCGGGCGGGCAAAGACCUCAACCAAGACCUGGACAAGAAGCUUUUCCUUGAAAAUCAUCGAGUGCAUGGAUACUGCUUCAGACUUACCCGCAACGAGGCAAGCUGCAUUCGCAACAAAAGCCAGUAUCAAGAGAUCUCCACACAGAAAAAUGGCGUCUAUUUCACGACAAAAGCUCUACAAGAGUUGCGGCGUGAGCAUGAUCAAUUGUCUACCUCGUACAACCGCACACAAACAGGCCUAGUUGCCGAGGUUGUAUCGGUCGCGGCAUCGUAUACUCCUGUCAUUGAGCAGCUUGCCGCCAUCAUUGCGCAUCUGGACGUUGUGGUGAGCUUGGCUCAUGUUUCUGUUCAUGCUCCUACAGCAUAUGCUCGUCCAAAGAUGCAUAUGCGUGGAACUGGUGAUACCAUCCUGAGAGAAGCACGUCACCCCUGUAUGGAAGCUCAAGACGACAUGAAUUUCAUCACCAACGACGUUGAAUUAAGACGCGAUAAUUCGAGAUUCCUUAUUAUAACAGGUCCGAAUAUGGGUGGCAAAUCGACUUACAUCCGUACAAUCGGUUGCAUUGCACUCAUGGCUCAAAUUGGGUGUUUCGUCCCUUGCUCGGAAGCAGAACUGACUAUCUUCGAUUGUAUUCUUGCGCGGGUGGGAGCCUCAGAUUCGCAGCUGAAAGGAGUUUCAACGUUUAUGGCUGAGAUGCUCGAGACAGCGAACAUAUUGAAGAGCGCCACAAGAGACUCGUUGAUCAUCAUCGACGAGCUCGGUCGGGGUACAAGUACGUACGAUGGAUUCGGACUUGCCUGGGCCAUCAGUGAAGAAAUCGUCGCCCAGAUUGGAGCAUUUGGAUGCUUUGCAACUCAUUUUCAUGAACUUACGGCCUUGGCUGACAAGUUUCCCAAAGCCGUCAAAAAUUUACACGUUGUAGCCUUCGUCGGUGAUCAACAGGAUGUCAUCAUGAGUGAGGAAGCAGAAGGGUCGGCGAAGCGGCGAGAAGUCACGUUGUUAUACCGUGUCGAACCUGGCAUCAGCGAUCAAAGCUUUGGCAUCCAUGUGGCAGAAUUGGUGAAGUUCCCGGAGAAGGUUGUCAACAUGGCACGACGAAAAGCUGAAGAGCUUGAGGACUUCACCGGUGUGAAUGGACAAAAGAAGAAAGAAGAAUAUUCAAAGGAAGAGGCCGAGGAGGGCAGCAGGCAGCUGAAGGAGAUGCUCAAGAAGUGGAAAGAGCAAGUUGAAGGCCAAGAUCUGAGCAAGGACGAGAAACUCAAGCUUAUGAGAUCGAUGGUCAAGAGCAACGAAAAAUUGAUGAGCAAUCGAUUCUUCCAAUCAGUCCAAGCACUGUGA